GUAGCCGGCUGCAGGUCUGUGGGAGAGGAGCGCCUAUAGCUGAGGAAACAACACAUCACCUGGCUUUAUACUCUGCCUCCGGUUCACACAAGUGCGAGAUUAUUUUUCUUUUUUUUUAAACCCCAGGCUGGCAUUUUCAUCAUCCAUAGGAUUACAAUCCACAUCAGAGAAUCAAUCUGAAAAGGACAGACGGCCCUCUCAGCCCCGUCCCCACACUCCAGUGAUGCUUAGCUGCUUUUUCCCAGAGGCCCACCUUGGCAGUUAGAGGAGAGGUCAUCACCAUGACAGCGUCCUCACAGGACUCCAACCCCUCGUUUGUGGCUGGCCUCUUCCUCCUCCUCCUCCUCCCAGCUGUUUACACCCAGAAAUCGGCUUUCCCAACAACCCCAAGCACGCCUUUGUUUGACCCACUGACCCAACCAGAGUGUACGAAGAAAGAACAUCCAAAGGUUUCCAUCCAAGCUCUUACCCACUGGAUCUCUACCUUCUCCCAACCUGGUGUGAGAGACUACUCGCUGCUCACCCUUGACCUGACUAGGGAUGAGCUUAUUGUUGGUGCCAGGAACUAUAUUUUCAGACUGGAUCUCCGUAACCUUUCCCUAAUACAGGCGACAGAGUGGGCACCGGACGAAGAAACCAGGAAGUCAUGUCAGAGCAAAGGCAAAACAGAGAUGGAAUGCCAGAACUACAUCAGAGUCCUGCUGGUGAACAAGACUGAGGUUAUGACCUGUGGCACUAAUGCUUUCCAGCCACUAUGUAUCACCAGAGAGGUGGGAAACAUCAGCAGAGUGCUGGAGCGUGUGAACGGCGUGGCGCGUUGCCCGUAUGACCCUCGUCACAACUCCACGGCCGUGGUAACAGAAAGCGGAGAGCUUUACGCUGCCACUGUCAUUGACUUCUCAGGACGCGACCCGGUCAUUUACAGGAGUCUUGGCGGCAUGCCUCCGCUGCGCACAGCCCAGUACAACUCCAAAUGGCUCAAUGAGCCCCACUUUAUCUCAGCCUACGACAUCGGCCUUUUUACCUUCUUCUUCCUGAGGGAGAACGCGGUGGAACAUGACUGCGGCAAGACAGUCUAUUCCCGCGUGGCUAGAGUCUGCAAGAACGACAUCGGCGGGCGGUUCCUCCUGGAGGACACCUGGACCACGUUCAUGAAGGCUAGGCUCAACUGCUCGCGCUCUGGAGAGAUCCCUUUCUACUACAAUGAGCUUCAGAGCACUUUCUACCUACCUGAGCAAGAUCUCAUCUACGGCAUCUUCACCACCAAUGUCAACAGCAUUGCAGCCUCUGCAGUGUGUGCCUUCAACCUGAGCGCCAUCACCCAAGCCUUCAAUGGGCCCUUCCGCUCCCAGGAGAAUCCCCGCUCCACCUGGCUUCCCACACCCAACCCCAUCCACAACUUUCAGUGUGGUACCAUAAAUGACAAAGGCCCCAAUGAGGGUUUGACUGAGCGCAGCCUCCAGGACGCACAGCGGCUUUACCUGAUGAACGACGUUGUCCAGCCUGAGUCUGUCGAUCCUCUGGUCAUGCAAGAUGAUGUCCGCUUUUCAAACCUUGUUGUGGACAUUGUUCAAGGAAUGGACACUCUUUACCACGUUAUGUACAUCAGCACAGAAUACGGCACCAUCCUGAAGGCUCUUGCAACGCCUAACAAAAACCUGCAGGGUUGUUACCUGGAGGAGAUGGAGCUCCAGCCAACUGGUGUCCGGGAACCCAUCCUGAGCCUACAGAUCCUGCACAGCGACAGGUCACUCUUUGUUGGCCUCAAAGACAAAGUCCUGAAGAUCCCCCUUGAGAGAUGUUCCUCCUAUGAAACUGAGACACUUUGCUUGGAGGCCAGGGACCCUUACUGCGGCUGGGACUUCAGGCAACGCAAAUGCACCACGCUGGAGGAAAGCUCCAACAUGAGCCAGUGGAAACAAAACAUCACUGUCUGUCCGCUGCGUAACCAGACCACUGAUGGUGGCUUUGGACCCUGGACUUCAUGGCACCCCUGUAACAAUGAUGAUCCACUGGAUGGUGUGAGCUCCUGUUUGUGUCGCUCCAGAUCUUGUGACAGUCCCGCUCCUCGGUGUGGAGGCAAAAACUGUGACGGCCCAACUAUUGAAGUCUCAAAUUGCUCAAGGAAUGGAGGCUGGACACCCUGGUCGUCGUGGGGACAGUGCAGCACAACCUGUGGUACAGGCUUUGAGAUGCGCCAGCGUACCUGUAACAACCCCUCACCCCGACAUGGCGGGAGAGUGUGCGUGGGGCCCAGCAGGGAUGAACGGUUCUGCAAUGAGGGCGUAUCGUGUCCUCAGCCUAUUUUUUGGACUCCAUGGGGCUCUUGGACUAAGUGCAGUACAGAGUGCGGUGGAGGUGUCCAUUCCAGGGUCAGGUCCUGUGAGAACGGCAACACCUGUCCCGGAUGUGCACUGGAGUACAAGGCUUGUAACCUGGAGGCCUGUCCAGAGGUAAAGAGGAACACUCCUUGGACCCCCUGGAUGCCUGUCAAUGUGACCCAAGGUGGAGCUCGUCAGGAGCAAAGGAUGCGCUACAUGUGCAGGGCCCACUUGGCCGAUCCUCACGAGCUGCAAAUCGGACGGAGGAAAGUAGAGACGCGCUACUGUCCGAAUGAUGGAACGGUGGUCUGUGAGACGGAUAGCCUUGUGGAAGAGCUGUUGAAAGCCCCAGUGGUAAAAAUGGCCGGGAUGAGCUGGUCAUCGUGGGAGAGCUGGUCAAGCUGCUCUCAGAGCUGUGCCAAAGGUUACCGCACCCGUCGGCGAACCUGUUCCGGACCAGAGGGGAAGAGCGCCCCAGUGGCGUGCCGAGGCUCUCCUGUGGAAUACCAAGACUGUAACGUACAGGCAUGUCCGGUGAAAGGUGCGUGGUCCUGCUGGUCUUCCUGGUCGCAGUGCUCAGUGGGCUGCGGUAGUGGUCACUACCAGAGGACACGGUCCUGCAACAGCCCUGCCCCUGCAAACGGAGGAGACAUUUGCAUAGGCCUGCACACAGAGGAGGCCCUGUGUAACACGCACACAUGUGAUGGUGGAUGGAUGGCCUGGUCUCUGUGGUCAGCCUGUGACGACUCAGGCUUUCAAACCAGGAGUCGGGUGUGUGGCGCUCAGGGCAACACCCCCUGCCUGGGGAACAGCACUCAGCGCAGAGACUGCAAUGAAAUACCAGUCAUUCUUCCAGCAUCUGGUUUUGAUAAGGACCAACAAUGUGGAGCUUUCACCUCCAUCCACCUAAUUGCCACGGGCGUUUCCUGUUUCCUCGGGGCCGGGCUGCUGUCCUUCCUGAUCUACGUUUAUUGUCAACGAUUCCACAAACCCUCGCAAGAGUCUGCCGUCAUUCAUCCAACCACCCCGAACCAUCUCAACUACAAAGGCAACACCACACCAAAGAACGAAAAGUACACACCCAUGGAGUUUAAGACACUGAACAAAAACAACCUGCUGCCAGAUGAGAGAUCUAACUUCUACCCGACGCCACUCCAGCAGACCAACGUCUACACAACCACCUACUACCCCACACCGCUUGGUAAAUUUGACUACCAGCCCAACUCCUCCCCAUCACCAUGCAGAACCUACAACAACAGUAACAACAGCUGAGACACAACCCACAGCUGAUCCUCCAUCCCCGCCCCCGCCCCAAAUGGACACCGGUACCACGGUGACAUAAGUGAACCAAUGUGAACUGAAAUGUUAUUCAGAGCUUGGCAGUGUUUCUCUGCUCACCGUCACCUCCCGGCUCCCAUAGUCUCUUCUGCCUGGCUGGGGUUUGUGUUUUCAGCUUUCCAUCAAGAGACGCGGAUUUGGACAACAAAGCCUGUGUCCUGGUUAAAAACAAGAACUUAUGCAACCCGUUUGGGGGGUUUGUUUUUGGAAGAAAUCCGUAGGGAUGUAGCUGUGUCAACCCAGCGUUUCAUGUGGGGAAUGACUGAACAGAAAUCCAACAGAGGCCAAUUCUGGCUUUGAGGGGAUUGUUGUUACUACUACAGUGCAGGUGACGGUCGAGGGUCUCCAUCUGCAAAGACUGACAUGAUGAAAUAAACAUUUUUAAGGGGUUCACGUUACCAUUUUUUUGCCUCUCCAUUACAAACAACAUUCUCGACCCAUAAUGGACUUAAAAGCAGUUUCAGAGAACAAAGGGCACAUGUGUUCACGUCUCUACCGCACAGCACAGAGCGAGGGAACAGCAACAAAGGAGAAAACUGAAUGAAGUUGAUGACAAAAUAAAUUACAGAUCAAUAUCAGCUAGGUUGUAUGGGAGGGGAAAUGCACGCCCCCCUUUGUUGGUAUUCCACAUGACGGGAAAGAUAAGUUUGAAGUAGAUUAAGCUUUUGUGUGGCUGUUUGGGGAAAGAGAGUCACAUCAAGCACCGUCACCCUCAGCUGGAGAGAAUUAUUGUCUAAAUCUGCUUUUGAUCAAAGUCUCGAUUCUUUUGGAGGACAAGGACGUGCUCAUAAGGUCAAAGCUGGGAACGUUCGUAGGGGACAUGGGAAACUGUAAAAGCUUUGGGAAUGCCGUGGGUGCCUGAACACAACAGAGAGGGGGUGAUACCUGUUCCCAUUUAUGUUUCUUCUUUUUUGAUUUAUCCAAGAACAAUAAGGACUCUUGGAGAAGAGAAUUGACUGAUUCUCCAAUAAAAUCUCCACUGAAUGAAUGCAAUUCUACUGAGUGCUGAGUAGCUCAGUGGUCAUAUCAAAUAUGGCCGGUGUGCUAAAGAACUGGAUGGAGGUUUUCUAUGAUGGUAGAAUAAGCUAGCAGACUGGCACUUGUUUUGUUUUUUUCUUGUUUUUUUUUUUUUUCUAAAUGUUACGUUUUCCAAACGGUUUUAUGUUCACGAUGAGCUGUAGCAUAGAAGGAAAUAUUUUGUUAAAUAAGAAUAUCACUGAUUAAUAACUCUUGUUUCUAUAAUUUCAUUUUCAUAACAAAUGGAUCGUCAAUACGUGAAAUGUUACAAAAAUAAAACGCUCAAUUUUAAAGUCUCUUUUUCGCUUCUUUUUAUAUAAAUACUUACAAAACCAACCCCCUCCACGCCCUUCUUCAAAAU